ACUUAAUCUGUCCUUUUUUUCUCAUCUCUUCGCUGGUAUGGCAGCACGCAAUUGUAUCUUUUAGCCACGAACCCGACUAAGUAGUUCCUUUGGCCGGGGAAGAAGAGCAAGCUUUGUGGCCAUGGCGGUGCCGACGGCGUACCAGGGCAACACGUCGGCGGCGGUGCCGGAGUGGCUGAACAAAGGGGACAACGCGUGGCAGAUGGUGUCGGCCACGCUGGUCGGCCUGCAGAGCGUUCCGGGACUUGUGAUCCUCUACGGCAGCAUCGUCAAGAAGAAGUGGGCGGUCAACUCGGCCUUCAUGGCGCUGUACGCCUUCGCCGCCGUCUGGAUCUGCUGGGUCACCUGGGCCUACAACAUGUCCUUCGGCGACAAGCUCGUCCCCUUCUGGGGGAAGGCCAAGCCGGCCCUCGGCCAGAGGUUCCUCAUCAAGCGGGCGGCCCUUCCGGCCACCACCCACCUCUACCAUAACGGCACCGUGGAGACCGCCAUGUCCACCCCUUACUUACCCAUGGCCUCCGUGGUCUACUUCCAGUGCUCCUUCGCCGCCAUCACCGUCGUCCUCCUCGCCGGCUCCCUCCUCGGCCGGAUGAACAUCAAAGCCUGGAUGGCCUUCGUCCCACUGUGGCUCACCUUCUCCUACACCGUCGGCGCCUUCUCCCUCUGGGGCGGUGGCUUCCUCUUCCAGUGGGGCGUCAUCGACUACUCCGGCGGCUACGUCAUCCACCUCUCCUCCGGCAUCGCCGGCCUCACCGCAGCCUACUGGGUCGGGCCGAGGACAGCGAGCGACAGAGAGAGGUUCCCACCGAACAACGUGCUGCUAGUGCUAGCCGGGGCGGGGCUGCUGUGGAUGGGGUGGGCGGGGUUCAAUGGCGGGGCGCCCUACGCCGCCAACAUCGAUGCGUCCAUGGCGGUGCUCAACACGCACGUAUGCGCCGCGACGAGCCUCCUCAUGUGGACGACGCUCGAUGUGGUGUUCUUCAAGAAGCCGUCAGUCAUCGGCGCCGUGCAAGGGAUGAUGACCGGCCUCGUAUGCAUCACACCCGGUGCAGGACUGGUCCAAGGCUGGGCUGCCAUGGUGAUGGGGAUCUUGUCCGGGAGCAUCCCCUGGUUCACCAUGAUGGUGGUGCACCGCAGAUGGUCCUUCCUUCAGAACAUUGACGACACGCUCGGCGUCUUCCACACCCAUGCCGUCGCCGGCUUCCUCGGCGGCGCCGCCACCGGCCUCUUCGCCGAGCCUGUACUGUGCGCCCUCUUCCUCCCCGUCACCCACUCUCGCGGCGGCGUCUACGGCGGCGUCGGCGGCGUCCAGCUCCUGAAGCAGGUCGUCGGCGCCGGGUUCGUCGUCGCGUGGAACGCCGUCGUCACCACCGCCAUCUGCGCGGCCAUCCGCUUCGUCGUCCCGCUCCGCAUGUCCGAGGACCAGCUCAAGAUCGGCGACGACGAAGUGCAUGGCGAGGAAGCCUACGCGUUGUGGGGCGACGGGGAGGCGUUGGAGCUAACGACGCAUGGACCACCCAACUCCCAAUUGGAAUCGCAGCGUCCUCAUGUUCCUACUGGCGUGACCCAAAACGUUUGAAGUAUUUAAUUAGUUCUAUUGAUGCAUUAAUUGUUUUUGAAGGAAAUAAUAGAAGAUAAGAAUAAUUAUCGAAAAAACUUUAUUAAAAAAAUAAAAAUACUUCAAUACAUUAUAUUAACAUGUUUCAUCACUUAUUUAUACAAAUUAGGAGAAAGAAUUUUCAUCAACAAAAUAGAGGAACUUCCUCGUAUAGUUGAAAAAAUCUUAUUUUGAUGUCGAACACCGACAAACAUACAACAAAAAACUGCUCAUGCAACUGCUUGUAAUGCAUCUGCAACAGUAUAUAUUUCCUUUGGAAUGAAACUGAUCGAUCCUCUAAAAGCCGUGUUAAGUUUCGAGUUUGCAGUGAGGAAACGCUUGUGGGUUACAUCUUCCAGCCUUCUUGUCUUCACAAACUCCAGGAAAUUAACUGCAAGCAUUCACUGACCUCCAAUUACGGUGCACAAACACACGCUAUAAAAUCUCGAGCCGGGUGGCGAGGGAAGAAGGACAUCGUUAGCUGGCAAUGGAGAGGCACGUCCUCGUCUUCCUCGUCCUCUGCACAUGCUUUGCUUCCUCUGUUUCCUCGUACUGCGACGACGACUACGACUCCGACUCCAGCGCUCCUGUUGUAGACACAGCAGCCGCACCUGCGCCUGCGUCCUCGGCAGGUAGCUACAUCGCCGUCGUGGACUUGCCCAAGGGCGAGAAGCCACAGCACUUCACCAUCAGAAUCCUCGCCUCCAUUCUCGGCAGCGAGGAGGCUGCUACGAAAGCUUUGAUACGUGUCUACGACUAUGCCUUCUCCGGCUUCGAAGCACGCCUCAGUCCACGACAAGCCUCCGCACUAAUGAAGCAACCUGGCGUCCUUCAAAUCUUUCCCGACAGCCAACUGGAGAUAUUCUAGCCUGAAUUCUGCGACGCGAUGAAGCUUUAUCGAUCUGUUUUCCCUUAGUUUGUGAUGAAUGUUUUGUAUAAACUUGAGAGGC